AGAAUCUGCUGAUGGAACUGACAUGUGGGAUGACAGGACCAAGGCCAGUUGUCCUCAGUGGACCAUCAGGUGCUGGAAAAAGCACCUUGUUGAAAAAACUUUUGCAAGAAUAUGGCAACAUUUUUGGUUUCAGCGUUUCCCAUACCACAAGGAACCCUAGGCCUGGAGAAGAAAAUGGCAAAGAUUAUCACUUUGUGACCAGGGAGGAGAUGCAGAGAGACAUCGAUGCUGGCAAAUUCAUUGAGCAUGCUGAAUUCUCAGGAAACAUGUACGGGACAAGCAAAGCUGCAGUGCAGGCUGUGCAGGUGAUGAACCGGAUCUGUGUGUUGGAUAUAGACCUGCAAGGAGUGAGAAACAUCAAGAAGAUGGAGCUACGGCCCAUCUAUAUUUCCAUCCAGGCACCAUCCCUGGACAUUUUGGAAAAGCGACUGAGAGACAGGAAGACCGAAACAGAGGAGAGCCUGCAGAAGAGGCUGACUGCAGCCGUUGCUGACAUGGAGAGCAGCAAGGAGCCCAACCUGUUUGAUUUGAUCAUCAUCAAUGACGACUUGGACGAGGCUUAUCUGAUGCUGAGGAAGGUUCUAGCCGAGGAAAUCAAGAAGGCCCAGCAGCCCAAUGAUUUAUGAAUGGAAAACAGAGGCCAUCCCAUUGCCCUUCCCUCUCACCUCACCC